ACAGGCUAAAUACCAUCAGCAGCCCUUUGCUCCGGUCGAUCGGUAAUUUCAGUCUCCGUGUCUCUCAACAGGAUUCUGAGGAAACUUUGACCACGCGCGUGUCCGGCAGGGAAACAUGAACACUUGUGCUGUUGUGUUGGUGUGCGUCCUGAUAUUUCACGGAUCCAGCGGCGUGUUUCUUGAUAAAGAUGACGCCAGUUCGGUGCUGCAGCGCGUCAGGCGCGCGAACUCCUUCCUUGAGGAGAUGAAGGGCGGGAAUCUCGAGCGCGAGUGCAUCGAAGAAAUCUGCGACUACGAGGAGGCGCGCGAGGUGUUCGAGGACGACACGAAGACGAAACAGUUUUGGUUGAGUUACUCCGCGAAGGAGCCCUGCUUGACCAAUCCGUGCAAGAACAAAGGCACAUGCGUUUAUCUGGCCAACACCUACUACUGCCAGUGUCUGGAGGGGUUUGAGGGCAAAUACUGUGAGAAGGGGUUUGAGGAGACGCUGAAGUGUCAGUAUGUGAACGGAGGCUGUGAGCAGUUCUGCGACGCUUCCGGACCCAGACGCACGUGCAACUGUGCCGCGGGAUACACACUCGGAGCUGAUGGGACGUCUUGUGUUGCUCAAGUUGAAUAUCCAUGUGGAAAGGUUCCGCUUCAGAACAACACAGUUCAUUCUCAAAAACAGACUGUGGGUGGAAUUCACUGUCCCAGAGGUCACUGUCCUUGGCAGGCGCUGAUCGAUUAUAACGGUGAGAGUCUGUGUGGCGGGGCUCUUCUGGAUGACAGCUGGGUCCUAACAGCUGCUCACUGCGUUCAUCAGAAGGACAUGAAGCGUUUGAAGGUUAUCACAGGUGAUCAUGACCUGGAUGUGAUGGACGGCCCGGAGGAGGCGUAUGAUGUUGCUGGUGUGGUUAUCCAUGAGAACUACGACCCCGUGUCACUGGAUAGUGACCUGGCCCUCCUGAAGCUUCAUGGAAAACUCAAGCGCUCUGCGUACGCCGUGCCCGUUUGCUUGCCCACGGCAGAGCUGGCACAGAUCGAGCUCGCUGCCGUCCGCUUCCACACGCUCAGCGGAUGGGGCAAGCGAACCGUGGGGGACAACAUCCAUCCGUCAAAGGGCCUGAAAGCCCCGUCGUCCGCCACUCUGCAGCGGCUAGCCGUCCCUCUGUUGCCCACAGCGCAGUGUGUGUCGAGCAGCGGUGUCAACAUCACCGCAAACAUGUUCUGUGCGGGUUAUGUCGAGGGUGGUCACGAGUCCUGCAGAGGACAUGACGGAAGUCCGCUCGUCACCCGCUACGAGGGAACGUCCUUCCUGACGGGUGUCGUGUCAUGGGGUAAAGGCUGCGAUCAGCCGGGGUACUACGGGAUUUACACCAAAGUAGCUAACUUCUUAAAAUGGAUUGAAAUUGUUAUGAAAACCCCCAUUGAGGGGCUGAAUAAAAUCAGUGUAUCUCCUGUUGAACAGUCCACUCACAAUUAAUGUCUUUACUAGAGGUUAAUACACUCGCGACAAUAAAGGUUUCACAAGAAUUGAUCACUGAAAGGUUCUUUGGGGCAUUAAUAAUGGACUCUCGUCUCGUGUGCCUAAUUACAUUUGUCAUCCAUCAAAACUUUACUAGCGCGACAAUGGUUUGCUUUAUCCAACCGAGAGAUGUAGUUUAAGUUCUUGCAGCGGUACACUAUUCCCUCCACCAUCUCUGAUGAAAUCGGCCGGGUUUUGUCUGCAUUAGGGAUGAUUUGGACUGACUGUUUGAGUGCAUUCGCUUACUGGAUCCUUGGACUGAAAACUUUCCAAGAGGAUCUGAUCGAGAACAUUGAUUCCGCUAUAAUGUAUUGAUUGAGGGGCUGUUUUCACAACACCAUGUUCAACUAAAAAUGAAAAACAUUUUAUUUGUUUUGGCCAUUCAUUUACACAACAACAGCGUUUUGGGGGCCUGAAAAUGCAAACUUUCAAAGUGCAAGUUUUUGAAAACAAUACUGUUAUCAUCUACAACAAAAACGCGGAUCUGUGAAAAUGGUGAUGGCAUGCACAUGCUUAUUUUACAUUUAGUCUAUAGGCAUGGGCGUUUGGCGCGAGUGCUCUGUAAAGAAUGCGAAUGUGCGCAUGCGCGUAAUAUUUCUUUCCAAAGUGACAUCGCCAACUACUGGCCUGGCAUGCAUAAUACUCUUUGACAUUGUCGUCGUGUCGCGUACCAUCAAAUUAUUAAUGAAUUUUUUUAACCACUCUGCAUGCCCCACACUUUGAAAAUCCCUGUUCUUUGUCCUCACUGUGGAAACCCCGAAUCUUUAUUUUUAAGAGUGUAUGGAUGUUAAAGCUUCUACAAACCAUCAAUGCCAAUAAAGAAACUUUAUUUUUAAGAGUGUAUGAUGAUCGUUGAAAUAAAAGUCAUUGUGAGUGUG